GGGGUGCGGAGGGCGAACGCUUACCUGGUGUGCGGAGAAACACCUGAGACUGCAGAAAAUAUCACUCUAAUAAUCUCGGGGAGGGGACAUCCGUUCCUCUGGAAACAAGCAUAAUAUUUUCGUUCGGCAUUCUUGGCAGAGGCCGUUGGAUGACUUAAUAUACUGUAAUCAGGGCAAGUUUUCUACUCUUUAAUUAAGUUUCUCCUGCAGCACACAGGCCAGGGAGCCACUUUGGAAAACACUUGGCCGGCUUUCCCAUCGUCCCUAAGCCGAACGGUGUUUGCCUUUGGACCCUAAACGCUGGCUGCAUUCGGCUUGCAGCAUGUUGGCUCUCCUCGGGCCGGGAUGCCCCGCUGCUUAGGUUAUGUGUAUUUUGCGUGAAGUGAGCACAACGUGGAGCGAUGGCAUGCCUCGCAUGCCAGGAGAGCUAUGCAAGCCCGCUGCGGAAGGCACGCUUCCCGGCCGCCCCGGCUUCCCGAUAGGAGACCUGGUGACACAGUAGCCUUUCGGCAGAGCUCCUGGGGAUGUGCAGGAAGCGCGGCUACAGGUCUUGUCCGGGGGGAAAUCUGAGCCAUUUCUCCGUGGACAGCUGUGUGGCAGCGUCAGGGCAAGUUGCUGCUGAGUUUUGCACGGGCUGCCAGGAGUGUGUGGAAGUAUAAUCCUUUGUCAUUAUGCGAUGUCGUCUCUCGGUGCCUCCUUUGUGCAAAUUAAGUUUGAUGACUUGCAGUUUUUCGAGAACUGCGGCGGAGGAAGCUUUGGGAGUGUUUAUCGAGCCAAAUGGAUAUCACAGGACAAGGAGGUGGCUGUGAAGAAGCUGCUCAAAAUAGAGAAAGAGGCAGAAAUACUCAGUGUCCUCAGUCACAGAAACAUCAUCCAGUUUUAUGGAGUAGUUCUUGAACCUCCCAACUAUGGAAUCGUCACAGAAUAUGCUUCUCUGGGAUCACUGUAUGAUUACAUUAACAGUAACAGAAGUGAAGAGAUGGACAUGGAACAUAUUAUGACCUGGGCCACUGAUGUAGCCAAAGGAAUGCACUAUUUACAUAUGGAAGCUCCUGUCAAGGUGAUUCACAGAGAUCUCAAAUCAAGAAACGUUGUUAUUGCUGCUGAUGGGGUAUUGAAGAUCUGCGAUUUUGGUGCCUCUCGGUUCCAUAACCAUACAACACACAUGUCCUUGGUCGGAACUUUCCCGUGGAUGGCUCCAGAAGUUAUCCAAAGUCUUCCUGUGUCUGAAACAUGUGACACCUAUUCCUAUGGUGUGGUUCUCUGGGAGAUGCUAACAAGGGAGGUCCCCUUUAAAGGUUUGGAAGGAUUACAAGUAGCUUGGCUUGUAGUGGAAAAAAACGAGAGAUUAACCAUUCCAAGCAGCUGCCCCAGAAGUUUUGCUGAAUUGUUACAUCAGUGUUGGGAAGCUGAUGCCAAGAAACGGCCGUCUUUCAAGCAAAUCAUUUCGAUUCUGGAGUCCAUGUCCAAUGACACUAACCUUCCUGACCAGUGUAACUCAUUCCUGCACAACAAGGCGGAGUGGAGAUGUGAAAUUGAAGAAACUCUGGAGAGGCUGAAGAAACUAGAACGUGACCUCAGCUUCAAAGAGCAGGAGCUCAAAGAACGAGAAAGACGUCUGAAGAUGUGGGAGCAAAAACUAACGGAGCAGUCCAACACUCCGCUGCUGCCUUCCUUUGAGAUCAGCACGUGGACGGAAGAUGACGUGUAUUUUUGGGUUCAGCAGCUCGUCAGAAAAGGUGAUGCUUCCGCAGAGAUGAGCGUGUACGCCAGCUUGUUUAAGGAAAACAACAUUACAGGAAAGCGCCUGCUUCUCCUGGAGGAAGAAGACUUGAAGGACAUGGGCAUUGUCUCCAAGGGGCACAUCAUUCACUUAAAGUCAGCCAUUGAGAAAUUAACUCAUGAUUAUCUAAACUUGUUUCACUUCCCACCGCUAAUUAAGGACUCAAUUGGUGAACCUGAAGAAAAUGAGGAAAAAAUAGUGAACCUUGAACUUGUUUUUGGUUUUCACUUGAAGCCAGAAACAGGCCCAAAGGACUGUAAGUGGAAAAUGUAUAUGGAGAUAGAUGGGGAUGAAAUUGCAAUAACCUACAUCAAAGACGUGACAUUCAACACCAACCUACCUGAUGCAGAGAUUUUAAAGAUGACAAAGCCCCCCUUUGUAAUGGAGAAGUGGGUUGUAGGAAUAACAGAAAAUCAGACUGUAGAAUGUACCGUCACAUAUGAGAGUGAUGUUAGAACUCCCAAAAGCACCAAGCAUAUUCAUCCCAUCCAGUGGAAUAGAACGAAGCCUCAGGAUGAAGUGAAAGCCGUCCAACUUGCCAUUCAGACACUAUUCCCCAACUCAGAGGGCAAUCCUGGAAGCAGGUCUAAUUCAAAUGCCGACUGCCAGUGGUUAGACAUCCUGCGCAUGCGGCAGAUCGCCUCCAACACCGGUUUACAGCGCUCCCAGAGCAACCCCAUCCUGGGGUCGCCCUUCUUCCCCUACUUCAACGACCAGGAUUCCUACGCUGCUGCCGUGAGGCGGACCCAGGUGCCCAUUAAGUACCAACAGAUUACCCCCAUAAACCAGUCCAGGAGCUCCUCCCCGACCCAGUACGGGCUCUCCAGGAACUUCUCUUCUCUGCACCUCAACUCCAGGGACAGCGGCUUUGCCAGCCUGGCCCGCGACAGCUCUUUGGAGCGGGGCCCCUCCUCCUUGGGCAGAAGCCGGAACAAGUACGAGCAGCGCGGGAGCGCGUCGCUCAGCUCCUCCCCCAGGGGGCGCUACGGCGGGAAGGGCGCGCGCUCCACGCCGUCCAGGGAGCGCAGCGCCGGCAAGUUCUACCGCGUCCACCGGUCCGCGCUCAGCGCGCAUCAGUCCCCUGACUUCAGGCGAAGCCCCAACGACCGCCCCCAGCGCCGGACCAUCCCAGGGAUGCCUCUGCACCCCGAGCCGGACUCGGGAGGCGCCGGCGAAGAGGAGAGCAAGGGCGGCGAGGGCGGGUGGACCAAGGUGGAAUAUCGAAAGAAGCCCCACAGGCCGUCCCCUGCCAAGACCAGCAGAGAGAGAGCCCGAGGAAGCUACCGCGGGAGGAGAACCUUCUGAUGAGUGGAUGAGUUUUCUUCCCCAAGCAAGCUUUAAAAAAAAAUAAAAUUAAAUUAAUGGAUUUUCAUAAUAUGAUGCCUUCAGAUAGAACUGACAAGAAGACCACUUUUCCAUUUUGGGGGGGAUUUGGGAAAAACGUUCUUAUUGAAACUACUGCCAAACCAGACCCUAAACUAUGGAUGUUGGUAGACCAAGGAUAGUCACUAGACUCAAUCACAAUGUACUUAUUUUUUCCAAAAAAAAUUAACAUUUUCAGAGAAGGGGAUAUUACUGCCAUCGUAUUACCCUAACCCUUGCUGGCCUGGUUAGCAAGGACCUGCACUGGCAUGAGGUUAACUGGGGCACUCGUCUUGGGUGCAGAAUUUAAGGGAGCACCACCCCAAAGCUCAACAAUCAAGAGAAAUAAGGUGUUCAUGCAAUACUUAAAUAAAUGAAAAUUAAUGCAAAAAAUAUGCAAUAAAAAAAAAUCAAAAUCCUAGAUAAAGACAGAAUCAAUAUUAAUGAUUUUUCUUUUUUGUCUAAGGCUCCAAUAUGGCUUGACAAGGUGCUGCUACUGAUCUUGUCUUUAUUUAAAAUUUUGAUUUUUUUUCAACAUGAUUUUUUUGGCAUUAAUUUUCUUUUCUUUUUAUUUUAUUUUUUUAAUAUAAUGUAUCUUGAUUAUUGAGCUGUUCGGUUUUGAGGGGGUUUUUGUUGUUGUUUAACGACCCCUUAAAUUUUGUGCCUAAGGCAAGUGCCUCACUUGCUUCAUCCUAGUCUCAACACUACUGGUUAGUAUUUAUUUUAGUGAGAUAUUUGGGUUUUUAUUAUGGUUAGAGCUGAACUGAUUUAGGCUGUCAUUUUUAGGCAAUAAAAGAAUGUUAUUGAGCUUAA